GACGCUUUGCGGGCGGUGCGGCGGGACCUCGGUGUAACGGCUGCAGACUCGGGCAUUUCCUACCCGGGACCUGGCUGAGAAAAACACGGCUCAUGGCGCAAGGCCGGGAGCGCGAGGAGAACGUCUAUGGCACAGCCGGCGCAUCCCUGUCCGUGAGAUGGGUCCAAGGAUUCCCUAAGCAGAACGUUCAUUUUAUCAACAACAGCACCAUCUGCUAUCCGUGUGGGAAUUUUGUAAUAUUUAUUAAUAUUGAAACCAAGAAAAAGACUGUACUCCAGUGUAUGAAUGGAAUUGUCGGUGUCGUGGCAACUAAUAUUCCUUAUGAAGUUGUGGCUUUUUCUGACCGGAGGCUAAGACCACUCAUCUACAUAUACAACUUUCCUGGAUUGACCCGAAGGAACAAAUUAAAAGGCAACAUUCUUCUGGACUACACUUUACUUUCAUUCAGUUACUGUGGCACCUACCUGGCUAGUUACUCCUCUCUCCCAGAAUUUGAACUAGCCCUUUGGAACUGGGAAUUAGGUGUCAUUUUGUGCAAGAAGUCACAACCUGGUAUGGAUGUAAGCCAGAUGACUUUUAACCCUAUGAACUGGCACCAGCUGUGCUUAUCAAGUCCAAGUGCGGUGACUGUGUGGACCAUUGAGAGAAGUAAUCAGGAGCAUCAUCUCAAAGCAGAGUCAGUAAAACUACCUGUGGAAGAUGGGUCAUUUUUUAAUGAAACAGAUGUCAUUUUCCCCACCUCAUUGCCCAAGGAUCUUAUCUAUGGACCUGUGCUCCCAGUGUCAGCCAUUGCUGGGCUAGUAGGAGAAGAGGCAGAAACUUUCAGGCCUAAAGAUGAUCUCUUUCCUUCGCUUCACCCAUCUAUGCAUUGCUGGACUCCAACAAGUGACCUCUAUGUUGGCUGUGAAGAGGGUCAUCUUUUAAUGGUUAAUGGUGAAACCUUGAAGGUGACUCUACUUACUAAGAUAGAAGACACAGUACCAAAGGAGGGAAGAAAUAUUAUCAGUCCAGUCACCAUGGUAUAUCAGAAGGGAGGCGUGCUGAUUUCUGGAAUUGAUGGCUUUGUGUAUUCUUUUACUAUUAAAGAUGCAACUUACAAAGUAGAGGAUUUUCUUGAGAUUGAAGGGCCUGUGGAACAUAUGGUAUUUUCUCCAAAUUACCACAUGUUGCUGAUUAAAACAGACAAGGGAUCUGUUUAUAUUUAUACUCUUGGUGAGAAGCCAACUUUUGAUAAAGUCCUAGAGGCUUGUGAUGGGAAAUUUCAGGCAAUUGACUUUAUCCCACCCGGAAAUGAAUACUGCAUGACACUCACACAUUCAGGGGAAGUUUGUGUUUGGUAUAUAGAAGAUGGUACUUGUGCCAGCAGGAUUUAUCUGAAUACCCCAGCAACAGUUCUGGCUUGCUCUCCUUCCUCCCUCUCUGCGGCUGUGGGCACCAUGGGUGGCUCCGUCCACUUCCUCGAUGUCAGGGAUGCUGAGGCCCCUCAAGCAAUUCACAAGGCCUUCCCCUCCGAAUGGUCUGUGCAGCACCUCCUUUAUGACCAGCGAGGGAUAUAUCUAUUAGUUGGAACAUCAGAAGGCUGUGUCUUUAUUAUCAAUGCCAAUCCAUCAAGCUUGUUUCAGAUCCUUGGAUUCGUAGAGAUGGGCAAAGGCAUUUUACAAAUAUCCACAGUGUCUCUUUUGGAAACAGACAUAGUAGAAGUGAUGGUGCUUUUCCCACUUCCAGAAACAGAAAGAAGCAGAUUGGAAAUAUUUACUCUGCCUAAAAUACUACCACAAGUUUCUGCGAGCUUUAUUGAUGAAAGAGGGAGGCUGAAAGAUGCACUCAUUCACAGGUUCCGGUAUGAGAUAGAACACAGCCUGUCCUCUGCUGUGCUGGAUUUUCAAAGUCACCAAAUAUAUGGCUUCUGUAACCAAGUGCCAUACAUCUGCACCUACCUUCUUCCUGAACAAGAACACAGUGGUAUUUGCGUGCUUAAGCCACACCAAAAAGUGCAAAGCAAACACUAUGGGCCUGGAAUGCUCUCUCUGUCUCCACAUGGGUUGUGGCUCAUAACAAUAGCUAAAGGUGGAAUUCUGUGCAUCCGAGAUGUUCGUACUUUGGAAACGUUUGUUCGAAGUCGGAGUCAUUCUCACCAGGGAUGUGGGAUUCAAUCAGUGAAAAUUUCAAUGGAUGGACAAAACAUUCUGGUGAAUGGGAGAGAUGAUGGCACCCUUGUUUACCUAAGAUGGAGGCGGCUUGGAGGAAACCUAGCCAGUGACAUUAUCCAUUAUUGCCAGAAACUUUUAAUUUCUCUGAGCAACACCAUGGAUAAGGAGAAUGAUUAUUUAAGUAUACAACAAGGAGAGUCCUUGAAUUUGGAAUCAAAAUCUGAACACACAAUAAAUGAGAAUAUGAAGCCAAGCACUGAUUCAUCACAAGAGGAAUUAGUCCAAGUUGAUAAUAUAAAGGAAAUUCCCUGGAUACAACAAAAAAGCCAAGAGGCCAUCAAAAAUGAGGUGAAACUGUUUUCCAAGAAAAGGAAAGAGAUAAAAACAGGAAUCAAAGCACUUGCUAAAACUGUUCUGACUAUGAUGGAAGAAAAUGAAGCAGUAGAUAAUAUUGCAAAAUUAGACCAAAAGGAAUUUGGCCUAGAUCUUGAAGAACUGGAAAGGCUUCAUGAUGAAAAUAAGGAAGAAGUGAAAAAGAUAAGAAAGGACACAGAGAUGCAAAACCUCGCCAAAGCCUAUUUGGCUGAACUUAUUAAAGAAGAAUGCUGGAAUUCGAUGGCUGUGAAAGGUCGAGCUCUUAAGUGCUUUCACAUGCCCUACGUGGUUGAGAACUUUCCAAUGAAAGAACGCACGGAAGAAGAGUUGAAAGAAUUAAAGAGAGUUUUGCAGCAAAAGAAGAUUGAAACAGAAUGUCUUAAACUACGGAAAGAAAUUGUAGAGGUUCCGCCUACAAUUACCUUGGCUAAAAAGCACCAUGAAGAGGAGGAUGAAGAAGAAGAAGAAGUGGCAGUCAAAAAUCCCAACUUGCCCAAUUACCUGCUUGGCAGUCUGAGUACUGAUUUUGGCGUACAAGCCUCUUUGUUGUCAAGCCAAUUGGAGCUUCAUUCCAGAGAGGAGAAAAUCAACCAAAUUGUAUUACUGAAAGAUGUCAUUUACAAGGUAAAAACUGCUUUCAACAAUGAGUUUGAUGCUGUGUAUAAACAAAAAGAGUUUGAAGUUGCACGUGUAAAGGAAAGAAAUGUAAGAAUUCAAGAAAUUAUUUUAGAUCUGGACUUGGAAGAAGUGGUCUGGCAACCAGAAUUUGAUGAUUGCGAGAAGCCAGAGAGAACCCUCGUUGUGGAAAACAAAGAGAUUACAGCUCAGAAGCUUCUUAAUCCAUGGCUGAAAGCCAAAGCAGAAUUGACCGUGUCCCGGGAAAUGGAGCGAUGGCUUCAGACACGGGGCCCCGACACAAGGCGCCGAGCCCUGAUGGACAUGAUGGGAGGAGUUCUGGAAGUCAAGAAGGAAGAUAUUUUGAGAAUGGUGAUUCCUCAGCCUGCUUUCAUGGCAAAACCUGAUGCUGUAUGGUCUGAAGAGGAGAGGAAACAAUUCAAAGACUAUGAGAAGAAAGUCAAAGAGUUAAAUGAAGAAAGAGAUAAGUAUAGAAAGUCAUUAGAAGCAGAAAUGAAGAAACUUCAAAACUCCAUUCAAGAAAGCACACAGAAUUUUGAUGAACAUUUGAAAAGGCUCUUUGAAAGGAGAGUGAAGGCAGAGAUGGUUGUCAACCAAGAGGAAUUGAAAAUAAAUAAUCUUGUAUUUUCUUUACUGUUGGAUGAAGAAAUAAGCUCCAGAGAAGCAUUCCUGAACAACUACCUUACAAGGAAGCAGGAGGAGAAAAACCAGACUUCAGAGGCCAUCCAGAAAGUCAGAGAAGACCUUGAUGUGUACAAGGAACACUAUGACAACUUAUUGGCAGAAGACAAAGUUCUGGAUCGCAGCUUUAAAAAAGAAUUUUCUGAAAUUCCCAGUCAUCAGGUGGAUAUACUCUACAAACUUUUUAAACGCCGACCAAGGAUUCACAAACAGAAAAUGCACUCAGAUGCUGCCAGUAUUGUGCCUUUUGGAGAGCGACCAGAAUCUGGGAAAUUGCAUAAGGAUACCUUUGUCCAGUUAAUGAAAGCCAUGGAUGACUUGGACAAUAUUAAUAACAUGCCAGAAGGCUUGGACCCCUCGGUCUGGGAUCAUUUCUGCAUGACCAGACGAGCGAAAGUGGAAAAUGAACAGAAAGUAAAGCAGAAAGCGGCUGGCUUAAUGGAAAUGAUGGCUUUCCUCCGGAGGAGAACAGAAGAUGAUGAGAAGUUGCAGCAGGAAAUUGAAAAAGUGUUCCAUGAACUCAUGGUAUUGCAGGAAGAGAAAGUGAGAUUCCAGUUGAAUUUGACAAUCCAACUUCUCCUUAAACAAGGACAAGUGGAACUGGAAAAUUUUCAGUUAUUGCUGGAGUAUCCUGAUGCAAUUCUCAUCAACAAGAGCAUAAUUGAAGACUUGAAUUCUGUGAUUCGGACUCAAGGACAAAAGAAAGUUGCUAGCAUGAUGGAAAGUAAAGAGGUCCACAAAGGAAUAUUUCAGAUUGAGUGGGAACAUAAGAAAAUGGAGAUGGAAAUGGAAGAUCUAAAUCAGAAGGCUUGGGAUAUUCAGAUGCUGUUUUUUUCAAGAGAUCGUCAAAACUACCUAAAUGAACCAAACUAUGAGACUCUGAUUGCCAUUCAGAUUGGAAUAAUGGAGCAAACCAUUGCUGUUUUAGAGAAGACCCACAAAAAGAAUGUGGAAAACUGCAGAAAGCUACUAAAAAAACUGGGAAGGUACAGCAAUCAAAAAGAUGUAGCAAAUUAUACUCUAAGCUGCAAUUUACGAGAAGAGUUGGUGGCUGUCUCAGAGAGAAAAGACAUCUGUAAUGCAAUGGGGUCUAAACUGACUUGUGAAAAGAUUGCCAAAGAACGAUAUGAAAACAUGAUGCAACAACAAAAGUUAACAAAUAUUGCAAAACAACAAGCUGAACAGAUUUCAGUACUGCAGGCUGAAGUUGAACGAUUAAGGAUGAGAACAUUUCCUGCUCUUGGUCAAAUAUAAAAAUGCUUGUGGGAGGUUAGAUCAGUUUGUUAAUUAUGUGGCUUUUUUACCUGCGUGCCCUUGAUCUAUUUCCAAUAUAGAAGUGCAUAUUAAAAAAAAAAAUGCUGGUAGGAAACACAAGGUAAUCAAUCAUUUAGAAAAUAAUUUCAUUUUAUUAAAAUGAUUUCUUUUUCUCCCAUAUCAGGAAAUUUAAGUAGAGAGUCUUCUUAGUUGCAUAUUUUUAAUAGCAAAUUAUUUAAUUUUAACCUUAAUCAUUAUAAAAAUAUUUGUCUUGCAUGAAUGUGCAAAAUAUCAUGAUUGUUUUCGUUCAAGAAUGAACUGAAAAUAUUCAAGAUGUAUUUUACUCAUUUACUCAUUUAGUCUUAAUUUUUGUCAUAAAGACAAAAAAUUCUUAGCCACUCCUGGCAUUUCUAAUUUUAUAAAAUUACGAGGAAACUUCUGAGUUAAUGGAUGAUUUUUAUAUUUUUCUAUAUUUCCCAGUUUUUCUUCAGUAAGCAUUUCUUCGAUAAUCAGAAAAAAGUUUCUUAGAACAUUUAGGAUUAUUCUCAAUUGUAGCAAUGAGAACAAAAUGAACUGUUUCCUUU